GGUGGAAAGGGGCGUGUCCGAGCAGCCAUGGACGGGGACGGCGCGUACGAGCCGGGCUUCGUGGGGAUCCGGUUCUGUCAGGAAUGUAACAACAUGCUGUACCCCAAGGAGGACAAGGAGAACCGGAUCCUGCUCUACGCUUGCAGGAACUGCGAUUACCAGCAGGAGGCCGACAACAGCUGCAUCUACGUCAACAAGAUCACGCACGAAGUGGACGAGCUGACCCAGAUCAUCGCGGACGUGUCGCAGGACCCGACCCUGCCCCGCACCGAGGAUCACCCGUGCCAGAAGUGUGGCCACAAGGAGGCCGUGUUCUUCCAGUCCCACAGCGCCCGCGCCGAGGACGCCAUGAGGCUUUACUACGUGUGCACGGCCCCGCACUGCGGCCACCGCUGGACCGAGUGACCCCAAAAGUGACCCCAGGAGGGACCCCAAAAAAUAACCCAGGAGCGAUCCCAAAAGUGACCCUGGACCCCAAAAAUGACCUCAGGAGUGACCCCAAAAAUGACCAGGAGUGACCCCAAAAGUGACCCCAGGAGGGACCCCAAAAAUAACCCAGGAGGGACCCCAAAAAUAACCCAGGAGGGACCCCAAAAAUAACCCAGGAGGGACCCCAAAAGUGACCCCCGGAGGGACCACAAAAGUGACCCUGGACCCCAAAAGUGACCCCAGGAGUGACCCCCAAAAAUGAUCUUGGAGUGACCCAAAAAGUGACCCAAAAAAUAACCGCAAAAAUGACCCUAAAAGUGACCCCAAAAAUGACCCAGAAGUGAUCCCAAAAGUGACUCUGGAUGGAUCCCUGAGACCCCAAAAGUGACCCCAGACCCUAAAAGUGACCCCAAAAGUGACCCUGGACCCCAAAAGUGACCCCCGGAGUGACCCCAAAAGUGACCCCAGGAGGGACCCCAAAAAUAACGCAGGAGGGACCCCAGGAGUGACCCAGGACCCCAAAAGUGACCCCGAAAAUGACCCAGGAGUGAUCCCAAAAGUGACUCUGGAUGGAUCCCUGAGACCCCAAAAGUGACCCCUGACCCCAAAAGCGAUCCCCGGAGGAACCCCAAAAGUGACCCUGGACCCCAAAAGUGACCCUGGACCCCAAAAGUGACCCCAGGAGUGACCCCAAAAGUGACCCUGGACCCCAAAAGCGAUCCCAGAGGAACCCCAAAAGUGACCCUGGACCCCAAAAGUAACCCUGGAACCCAAAAGUGACCCCAAAAGUGACCCCAAAAAUGACCCAGGAGUGAUCCAAAAGUGACUCUGGAUGGAUCCCUGAGACCCCAAAAGUGGACCCCUCACCCUAAAAGUGACCCCAAAAGUGACCCUGG